AAAGCCUUUGCUCUCCAUCAUCUCUUCAUUAGCCCUUCUCUCUCUCUUUUCCCUUUUUCCUGUUUAGCUCUCGCAGUUGUUGUCGUUAGUAAGAAAUAUGAAGCUUGCUCUUGCAACCCUCCUCCUUGUUUCUCUUGUUCUUAGCUCCUCUUUGCACGCCAUGGCUGGCGGUUUGAGCCCACAACCUGCUCCGAGUUCGUGCGACACCAAGUGCGGCGCGAGGUGCAAGGACGCAGGGGUGAAGGACCGGUGCCUUAAGUACUGCGGAAUCUGUUGCCAGAAGUGCCAGUGCGUGCCGUCGGGGACGUACGGGAACAAAUCGGAGUGCCCUUGUUACAAUGACAUGAAGAACUCCAAGGGCAGUGCCAAAUGCCCUUGAUUCAUUCCAUUCCUUUGUAUCUGAUGAAAAUUCAUUUCCGAUUUAUUCCUUUUAUUCUGUAAUAUGGCCUUGUCAAAGCUUCUUGGAUCAUUUCCUCCCUCAAU